AUGGCGAUUGCCAAGCAGUGUUUCCCCUCCCAUAUAACCAGCGAGCUCCCAAUAAAAGUUGGACACCAGAACACCCACACCAAAAUCAGCACAGAGCACAACAAGGAAUGUCUGAUAAACAUCUCCAAGUACAAGUUCUCUCUCGUCAUCAGUGGCCUCACCAACAUCCUCAAAAAUGUCAACAACAUGCGGAUAUUUGGAGAGGCCUCUGAGAAGAACCUCUACCUCUCGCAGCUCAUCAUCUUGGACACACUGGAGAAGUGCCUGGCUGGGCAAUCUAAGGACUGCUUGCGUCUGGAUGAGACCAUGCUGGUAAAACAGCUACUGCCAGAGAUAUGUCAUUUCAUCCACACGUACCGCGAGGGCCACCAGCACGCCGCUGAGCUCCGGGCCUCGGCCUCAGCUGUCCUCUUCUCUCUUAGCUGCAACAACUUCAAUGCUGUCUUCAGCCGUAUUUCCACCAGACUACAGGAGUUGACUGUGUGUUCAGAAGACAACGUGGAUGUUCAUGACAUAGAGCUGAUGCAAUACAUCAAUGUAGACUGCUCCAAGCUGAAGAGACUGCUACAAGAAACUGUAUUGAAAUUUAGAGCUCUUAAAAAGCCUGCCCAGCUGGCAGUCAUUAACAGUUUAGAGAAGGCGUUUUGGAACUGGGUGGAGAAUUACCCAGAUGAGUUCACUAUGCUGUACCAGCGACCACAGGCAGAUAUGGCAGAAGCUGCAGAGAAAUUGUUUGACCUGGUGGACAGCUUUGCAGAGAGUGCCAAGAGGAAAGCAGCUGUGUGGCCACUUCAGAUCAUCCUUCUCAUCCUCUGCCCAGAGAUCUUGCACACAAUCUCUAAAGAUACAGUGGAUGACAGCAAGGCCAACAAAGAAACUUUUUUGGAUAGUUUACGGAAAGCUUUAGCAGGGCAGGGUAGCAGCAAGCAGCUGACGGAGAGUGCAGCCAUCGCCUGUGUCAAGCUUUGUAAAGCCUCUACCUACAUCAACUGGGAAGAUCACUCCACCAUUUUCCUCCUGGUCCAGUCCAUCGUCAUGGAUCUGAAGGCUCUACUAUUCAACCCAGCAAAGCCUUUCUGGAGGGGGACAGGCAGUCAGAAUGCUGACGUGGAGCUCAUGAUGGACUGCUUUGUCUCCUGUUUCCGUAUCAAUCCUCACAACAACCAGCACUUUAAGGUCUGUUUGGCAUCCUCUUCACCCUCCACAUUUCACUUUGUCUUGGUCAACUCGUUGCACAGAAUAAUUACCAAUUCCCAUCUCGACUGGUGGCCUAAGAUUGAUGCAGUGUACUGCUACUCUGGGGAGCUUCGCUUUAUGUUCUCAGACACCCUCAACCGGGUGAUCCAAGGUGCCGGCACACAUGCUCCGCUACGUAUGACACCGAGUCUGACAUUUAUAGGAAAGAAGACCACCAGCCUUAAGUUCAAAGAGAAAACCACAGACCUGGACACUCGAAGUUACAAGUGCCUCCUUCUUGCUCUGGUUAAACUCAUCCACGCAGACCCCAAACUCAUGUUGCAUAAUCCAGUGAAGCAAGCUCCGGAGAUGCAGAGCAGCACAGCAGAGCUCAUCACUGGCCUGGUGCAGCUAGUGCCUCUAACCAACACCACCCAGCUCUCACAAGAAGCCAUGGAGGCUCUGUUAGUUCUGCACCAGCCAGAGACCAUAGAGCUUUGGAAUCCUGAUGCCCCCAUAGAGACGUUUUGGGACAUCAGUUCACAGGUGCUCUUUAUAAUCUGCCGCAAACUGAUUGGCCAGCAAAUGGUUAAUGGGACAGAAGUUCUAAAAUGGCUGAGGGAGAUUCUCAUCUGCAGGAACAAGUUUCUGCUCAAGAACAAGGAGUGUGCCACUGUGGGUGGUGCCAUCCCCAUCUGCCGGCAGGCGCAGACAAAGCUGGAGGUGUGUCUCUACAUGUUUCUGUGGAGCCCAGACACUGAGGCGGUGCUAGUGGCCAUGUCCUGUUUCCGCCACCUCUGUGAGGAGGCUGACAUCCGCAGUGCAAGUGAUGAAGUGCCUGUUCAGACAAUUCUGCCCAACUAUGCCACCUUUAGUGAACUGGCCUCUGUCAGCAACAUGAUGGGAACAGGCCGCUCCACCUUGCAGAAGAGGGUGAUGGCCUUGUUACGGAGAGUAGAGCACCCCACACCGGGAAACAUUGAGGCUUGGGAGGAUACACAUUCUAAAUGGGACCAGGCCACCAAACAGAUUCUCAACUUCCCCAAAAACAAGGCAGAUGAUGGACAGCAGGAGUGGAUCAACAUGACAGGCUUCUUGUGUGCUCUGGGCGGUGUGUGUCUUCAGCAGCGCAGUACCCCCGGCCCAGCCACCUACAGUCCACCUAUGGGCCCAAUGAGUGAGCGCAAACACUCCAUGAUCUCCAUGGGACCAUGUGAGGUGUCUAAUCCUGUGGCCUCCUCCUGCUCUUCGUCAGCCUCGAAUGAGACGCCUGUCAGCCGCUUUCUUGAUCGGCUGCUGUCCUUGCUGGUGUGUGGCCAUGACAGGGUAGGCCUCCAUGUUCGCACCAAUGUUAAAGACCUUCUGGGGCUAGAGCUUAGCCCUGUCCUCUACCCAAUGCUCUUCAACAAGCUGAGAAACAGCAUCGGCAAGUUCUUCGAUACUCAGGGACCGGUUCCCAUCAACGAGACUAACACCCAGUUCGUGGAACAGACCAUAGCCAUCAUGAAGAACCUAUUAGAUAAUCACACAGAAGGCAGCUCUGAACACCUGGGACAGGCCAGCAUUGAGACCAUGAUGCUCAACCUAGUCAGGUAUGUGCGCAUCCUGGGUAAUGUGGUCCAUGCUAUACAGAUCAAAACUAAGCUAUGCCAGCUCGUGGAAGUGAUGAUGGAGCGACGUGAUGAUCUUUCCUUCUGCCAGGAGAUGAAGUUCAGGAAUAAGAUGGUAGAAUACCUGACAGACUGGGUGAUGGGAACAUCCAACCAGGCUGCUGAUGAUGAUAUAAAGUGUCUGACAAGGGACCUGGACCAGGCCAGUAUGGAGGCUGUCGUAUCUCUGUUAGCUGGUCUUCCUCUGCAGCCAGAGGAAGGAGAUGGAGUUGAACUGAUGGAGGCUAAAUCUCAGCUCUUCCUCAAAUACUUCACUCUGUUCAUGAACCUGCUGAAUGACUGCAGUGAGGUUGAAGAUGAGGGUCAGGCAGUGGGGGGACGAAAGAGAGGAAUGUCCCGACGCUUGGCAUCCCUCCGCCACUGCACCGUCCUUGCCAUGUCCAACCUGCUCAACGCUAACGUAGACAGUGGCCUCAUGCACUCCAUUGGGCUGGGUUAUCACAAAGACCUUCAGACGCGAGCCACUUUCAUGGAGGUGCUAACCAAGAUCCUGCAGCAGGGAACAGAGUUUGACACGCUGGCAGAGACAGUGCUGGCUGACCGUUUUGAGAGGCUGGUGGAGCUAGUCACCAUGAUGGGAGACCAGGGAGAGCUGCCCAUUGCCAUGGCACUGGCUAAUGUUGUUCCUGGAUCCCAGUGGGAUGAGCUAGCCCGAGUCCUGGUGACACUGUUUGACUCCCGCCACCUCCUCUACCAGCUGCUGUGGAACAUGUUUUCUAAAGAGGUGGAACUGGCAGACUCCAUGCAAACCCUCUUUCGAGGAAACAGCCUGGCUAGCAAGAUAAUGACCUUCUGUUUCAAGGUAUAUGGGGCAGCAUACCUACAGAAACUACUGGAGCCUUUAUUGAGAGGGGUCAUCACAACCCCUGAACAUAUCAGCUUUGAGGUAGACCCUACCAGGCUGGAACAAGGUGAGAACUUAGAGGAUAACCAGAGGAACCUACUGCAGAUAACUGAGCGCUUCUUCCAGGCCAUCAUUGGUUCAUCUAGCGAGUUCCCCCCACAGCUCCGCAGUGUCUGCCACUGUCUCUACCAGGCUACUUGCUACUCUCUACUGAAUAAAGCAACAGUAAAAGAAAAAAAGGAAAACAAAAAAGCAGUGGUGAGUCAACGAUUCCCACAGAACAGCAUAGGCGCAGUGGGCAGUGCCAUGUUUCUGCGUUUCGUCAACCCAGCCAUUGUGUCUCCAUAUGAGGCUGGCAUCUUGGACAAGAAGCCCCUACCUAGGAUAGAACGGGGUCUCAAACUAAUGUCCAAGAUUCUGCAGAGUAUUGCAAACCACGUCCUGUUUACAAAAGAAGAACACAUGAGGCCCUUUAAUGACUUUGUGAAGAGCAACUUUGAUUCAGCCAGGAGGUUUUUCUUGGACAUAGCAUCUGACUCUCCACCCAGUGACUCAGUCAACCACAGUUUGUCUUUUAUCAGUGACGGUAACGUGCUGGCCCUGCACCGCCUACUGUGGAACAACCAGGAGAGGAUCGGCCAGUAUCUCUCCAGCAACAGGGAUCAUAAGGCUGUAGGCAGGCGGCCUUUUGACAAAAUGGCAACCCUGUUGGCUUACCUGGGACCCCCAGAACACAAACCUGUGGCUGACACUCACUGGUCCAGUCUAAAUCUAACUAGCUCCAAGUUUGAGGAGUUUAUGACCAGGCACCAGGUCCAUGAGAAAGAGGAGUUCAAAGCCUUAAAGACUCUCAACAUUUUCUACCAGGCAGGAACCUCCAAGACAGGCAACCCAGUAUUCUACUAUGUUGCCCGCAGGUUCAAAACAGGCCAGAUCAAUGGCGACCUGCUCAUCUACCAUGUCCUCCUCACCCUCAAACCCUACUACGCUAAGCCCUACGAAAUAGUAGUGGACUUGACACAUGUUGGACCCAGCAAUCGCUUCAAGACUGACUUCCUGUCUAAGUGGUUUGUGGUCUUUCCUGGCUUUGCCUAUGAGAACGUGGCAGCUGUUUAUGUCUACAACUGCAACACUUGGGUUAGGGAGUAUACAAAGUACCAUGAGCGACUACUAACGGGCUUGAAGGGCAGCAAAAGGCUGCAAUUCAUCGACUCUCCUGCUAAACUAGCCGAGCAUGUUGAACCUGACCAACAGAAACUGCCUGCAGCUACGUUGACACUGGAGGAAGAUCUGAAAGUGUUCCACAAUGCCCUCAAGCUGGCCCACAAAGACACCAAAGUCUCAAUCAAGGUGGGAUCAACGGCAGUUCAGGUGACCUCAGCUGAGCGAACCCGUGUCCUUGGCCAGCCUGUCUUCCUCAAUGAUGUCUACUAUGCUUCAGAGAUUGAAGAGAUUUGUCUGGUGGAUGAGAGUCAAUUCACCCUCACCAUGGCCAACCAGGGCACACCACUGACUUUUAUGCACCAGGAGUGUGAUGCCAUCGUCCAGUCCAUCAUCCAUAUCCGCACACGCUGGGAGUUGUCACAGCCCGACUCCAUCCCUCAGCACACCAAGAUCAGACCAAAAGAUGUCCCCGGCACUCUACUUAAUAUCGCCCUGCUCAACCUUGGCAGUUCUGACCCCAGCCUCAGGUCUGCGGCUUACAAUCUACUGUGUGCUUUGACCUGCACCUUCAACCUAAAGAUAGAGGGCCAGCUGCUGGAGACAUCAGGCCUCUGUAUCCCAGCCAACAAUACCCUCUUUAUAGUCUCCAUCAGCAAGACUCUGGCUCUCAACGAGCCACAUCUGACGCUGGAAUUUCUAGAGGAGUGCAUUUCAGGCUUCAGCAAGUCCAGUAUUGAGCUGAAACAUCUGUGCUUGGAGUACAUGACACCCUGGCUGCUCAACCUGGUUCGCUUCUGUAAGCACAAUGAUGAUGCCAAGCGGCAGCGUGUCACUGCCAUUUUGGACAAACUCAUUACCAUGACAAUCAAUGAAAAGCAGAUGUAUCCCUCUAUCCAGGCCAAGAUCUGGGGCAGCCUUGGCCAGAUAACAGACCUCUUGGAUGUGGUGUUGGACAGCUUUAUUAAGACUAGUGCCACAGGAGGCCUGGGCUCCAUUAAGGCAGAGGUCAUGGCUGAUACUGCAGUAGCUCUGGCUUCAGGGAAUGUCAAACUGGUCUCUAACAAAGUUAUUGGUCGGAUGUGUAAGAUCAUUGACAAGACUUGCCUGUCACCAACGCCCACACUUGAGCAGCACCUGAUGUGGGAUGACAUCGCAAUCUUGGCCCGCUACAUGCUGAUGCUGUCCUUCAACAACUCCCUUGAUGUCGCCGCCCACUUGCCAUACUUGUUCCAUGUGGUGACCCUGCUGGUCGCCACGGGGCCUCUGUCACUCAGGGCCUCCACCCAUGGUUUGGUUAUCAACAUUAUCCAUUCCCUCUGCACCUGCUCACAGCUGAACUUCAGUGAGGAGACAAAGCAGGUUCUGAGGCUGAGCCUGACGGAGUUCUCCCUUCCCAAGUUCUAUCUGCUGUUUGGCAUCAGCAAAGUCAAGUCAGCUGCCGUCAUAGCCUUUCGCUCUAGCUACAGAGACCGUUCAUUCUCACCGGGCUCAUAUGAGAGGGAGACCUUCGCCCUGUCCUCCUUGGAGACUGUCACUGAGGCCUUACUGGAAAUCAUGGAGGCGUGUAUGAGGGACAUCCCAACCAGCAAAUGGUUAGACCAGUGGACGGAGCUUGCACAGAAGUUUGCAUUCCAGUACAACCCAUCUCUCCAACCCAGAGCGCUGGUGGUGUUUGGCUGCAUCAGCAAAAGAGUGAGCCAUAGUCAGAUCAAACAGAUCAUCCGAAUCCUCAGUAAGGCCAGCCCUCUGCUCAGCAUAGACCGGGGUCUGGAGAGCUGCCUGAAGGGGCCGGACAAUUAUAACAGCCAAGUAUUAAUAGAGGCCACAGUCAUUGCUCUCACCAAGCUGCAGCCGCUACUUAGCAAGGAGUCUCCCAUGCACAAAGCUCUGUUCUGGGUGGCGGUAGCUGUGCUGCAGCUGGAUGAAGUGAACUUAUACUCUGCUGGAACCGCCCUACUGGAACAGAAUCUCCACACACUGGAUUCAAUGCGUGUCUUCAAUGACAAGAGUCCAGAAGAAGUCUUCAUGGAGAUCAGACGUCCCUUGGAAUGGCACUGUAAGCAGAUGGAUCAUUUUGUGGGCCUCAACUUUAGUGCCAAUUUCAACUUUGCACUAGUGGGCCACCUACUCAAAGGCUACAGACACCCAUCACCCACCACAGUAGCGAGAACAGUUAGAAUCCUGCACACAUUGUUGACCCUCAUCAGCAAGCAUCUGAAAUGUGACAAGUUUGAGGUCAACACCCAGAGUGUGGCCUACCUGGCUGGGCUGCUCACUGUAUCUGAAGAGGUCCGAAGUCGCUGCAGCCUCAAACACAGGAAGUCUUUACUGAUUUCUGACCUUUCCAUGGACCCGGUGCCCAUGGACACCUACUCCAGUCACAUCACUGAUCCUACAUGCAGAACUCUGCAAGAGACUCAGCCAUGGACGUCACCUCAGGUUUCAGAUCGCUACCUUUCAGCCCACCACUACCCCACGAUGGGCCAGAUCAGUCCACGAACACGCAAGUCCAUGAGCCUGGACAUGGGCCAGCCAUCACAGGCCAAUACCAAGAAGCUCUUGGGCACCAGGAAGAGUUUUGAUCAUCUCAUAUCAGACUCCAAAGCACCAAAGAGACCAGAGAUGGAAUCUGGUAUGACUACGCCUCCCAAGAUGAGGCGCGUAGCAGAGAAUGACUAUGAGAUAGAGACACAAAGAAUUGGAAACUCUCACCUUCGCAAGGUGUCUGUAUCAGAAUCCAAUGUUCUGCUGGAUGAGGAGGUGCUCACUGACCCAAAGAUCCAGGCUCUGCUCCUCACUGUGCUGGCCACCCAGGUCAAAUACACCACUGAUGAUUUUGACCAGAGGAUUCUGUACGAGUACUUAGCUGAAGCUAGCGUUGUCUUCCCAAAGGUUUUUCCUGUUGUCCACAAUCUGCUGGACUCCAAGAUCAACACUGUGCUGUCCAUGUGCCAGGACACCAACCUCCUGAACCCUGUCCAUGGCAUUGUCCAGAGUGUGGUGUACCAUGAGGAGUCACCCCAGUACCAGCCCUCUUAUUUACAAAGCUUUGGCUUUAAUGGACUGUGGAGGUUUGCUGGACCCUUCUCUAAGCAAACCCAGAUACCAGACUAUGCCGAACUGAUUGUCAAGUUUCUGGACGCGUUGAUUGACAGCUACCUGCCAGCGGCUGAUGAGGAGCGAGGGGAGGAGCAGCUGAGGACACCCACCUCCCCAUACCCCCCAACAAGCCAGAGCCAGCUGAGCAUCACUGCCAACCUCAACCUGUCCAACUCCAUGACCUCACUGGCCACUUCACAGCACUCACCAGGUGUGGAUAAGGAGAAUGUCCAGCUGUCCCCCAGCUCUGCUCUGUCCAGUGGAGGACGCACUCGCCACGGUUCAGCCAGUCAGGUCCAGAAGCAGCGCAGUGCUGGCAGCUUCAAGAGACCCAGCAUUAAGAAGAUUGUCUGAUUAGCCAGAGAAUACCACCCCCCACGUACCCUCAUCCACCUCCUCCUGUCUGCCCCUUCCCAGGUCUGACAGCCUGCUAGUCCUCAUGCUGAACUUCACAUUUACUCUUUAUUCCCCCUUCAUUCUAGUGGUUGUUGCAUUGGCAGAACAAACGAUUUAGUGUUUUCAUCUGGGAGGAAUAUUACUUUAAAUUGGGCUGCUUGAGAUUUUUUUCAAAUCUUUCUUUUUCAAAAAUGCGCCAUCUUGGAGAACCUUCUGUAAAACCAUUUCUGCUCUCCACUGGAGUCAUUGUUAAAGCUCUUCUCAAAAAAGGCGUUCAGCAGCAGUCAGAGUCUCCUGCAGUGAGAAAAGUCAUGUGUGAAACUGCAAAAAAGGCUGAUAGGAAAACUGAGUUUGGAUGUACACACAGGGGCGGCCCGGACAGGGAAUUCCAGCUGUAGGCUGAAGUUUGAUCUGCAGCACAUCCUCUGGCCUUCCCCAUAACUAAACACUCCUGUGUCAGUGAGAUGGACCAAAUGACAGCAGUGGGGGCAGGGGGUGGAUCUGUGAGACAGGACCUUCACUCUGGACCUGCUUGGACAUCUCACCUCCUCUCUCCUAGUUCUGUACAUAUUUUACAUAGACAGAUUAUGUAUAACUAGUCCUUAGUGCAAAUUUAGAUGUUGACGUUUUCUCCAUGGUGUGCCUUUGUCAGGGGUUUUCAAUUUGUACAGUUUGUAAAGUAAAAAUCAGUCCUUGCUGGGGACAAAUAACAGGUACUAAUAAUGGAGGCAAGCUGUCCAUAUCACCACAAGUUCACCUGAGCUGUGUCACGACCGGCCUCCAAUGAUCGUCAAAAAUACAAUCAUCCAUAUACCCCUUUGCCUGAAAGUAUUUAUCCUGUACAACUAGAUAUUGCUACACAAAGCAUCCUCUGUUUAAACACUUUCCAAAAAUCAUCUUCUUUUCAAACGCUUUGAACUCAAAGAUUGCAAAACACUAGGGAAAAUGCAACUGUGUAAAUAGCUGCAAGCUUUUUGAUUGAGUUGUUUUUGUGCUUUUAUUUAGCCUUUUUGUUAUUUUUAUUCUGAACUAUAGUUCUAGCUGCAUAUACUUUGUUUUUACAGUGACAAGGAAAAUUGUGGAAUAGGCAAUAAUCCUCAGUGCUCCAACUUCUUUGUCCACCACCAAUUUUAUUUGUAUGUACACAGGGAGAACACAUCACUAUGUCAGCUCAGUGCAAUAUGAUGCCAACCUCCAUUGGUUUAACCUCAUCAGUCUGAGUUGGACCCAAAAUCACCAGAGGUUUGUUCUGUGGUCCCUUUAAAGGGAAACUCCACCCUAAAAGAAGCUUUGAUGCCGACUGUUAGGGCUGCUUAUUAUUGGAAAUUUCACAGAAGAGAUGACAAUGCCAUGCUGUUCAUGUCAUGGAGUGUAUAUAAAGAUGGCUGACGUCACAUGUCACCCCUUCCUUCACAAAAGUGAAGCCAGAAUAUCUCGGAAAUGGAUGCUGCCCUCCUGCCUCCUGUCUGGCCAAAUGCUUGCAUACACCCCUAAAAACUUAAUGGAACACAGCAGUUACCAUCUUGACUGUGUGAGACUGCUGUGGAUGCUCCCUGCACAUGUCCCAUUUUCUAGAUUACAAUGACUUGUAACUGCUAGCUGGCUAGCUACAUAUCAACUACUGUUUUCCAUAGAGUGGUUGUGCUCAUAGCUUAGAUGUAAUCUUGAGGUUCUGCCUCCUGUCCAUUCCUGGUCACUACUGCAUGCACUGUGGUUGCAAAUGAUUCACUGAUUCUAAGAUAUUUUGGCUUCACUUCUGGGGAGCUGGCAUGCCAUUCAUCUUAAUACAGUUUAUGGUUCAUAUGAAUACCAAAGCAUGCUGUUUUCCACAUUCUUCUUGUCAAACAGGAAAACAUUUACUACAAAUACUAUUUCACAACACAAAGUAAUUAGAGCCUUUGCAGUCAAAGCUGAGCAGUUUACUAUAGAUCACACUAUGGAAUCUAUCAACUAUGGUUCUAGUAAACUUUCACGCUUAGGACAAAUUAAACUGUUGAUUUUUGUCUGAGCAUGUUCAGCAAAAAAUAUUUUUUCAGCUCUGAUCAGAAAGUAUUUUAUCAAAGCAGUUGCUCAGAAACUGACCAAACAUGUGAGGACAGCUGUCAGUACUGAGUGUGUUUGGGUGUAUUCUCUGACUCCAGCACCACAGUGUCGAGGAUUUCCCAGCAUGUCAGCGAUGUGGUAACAUAAUAGGAAAUAUUUUACAAGUUUGCAGAUACAGUAAAGCUUUCGUUUGACAGUCCUUUAUUCUGCUGGUCUACACCAUCACACAGAACACCGGAUGUUGGUCACUCCACAAAUCAAGCUCACAUAGCCUGAGGAUAUUUCACAAUUUAAGAGCAUGUGGGUGCUCUCAGCUGUGGAUUUUUCCUUUGAGAAAUGUAGUACUGUAGCUGUGUAACUUUGAACCAACCCCUCUCUUCUGUCAGAGGACAUCUGUGAGCAGCAUGUCCUCUUGCUUGCUUUCCUACACAUAUUCUGCACACAUCUAGAAAUUUUUCUCCACUUGAACUCUGCAUCACUGCUGGCUGUUUUCAAACAUGUGCCUUAGUGUUUGAGAUCGUCAGUUUUGUUUCUUACUGUCCAACCAGCCAUUGGUUUUCUAUUACCUUCACUGUGUUUGAGGGAGUUGAGAGUUGCUUCAGGAAGCUUGGUAAGCAUCAUCUUUGACCUCCAUGUGGUAAAAUGGUACACAAUGACAAAAGACAGCACUACAAACCAACAUGUGCAUCUCCAUGACCAACACACCAUUUGAUGCUAGGUCAUCACAGAUACAUGAGUAUGCUUUCGUCAUUAGUAAAAUAUUACAUUUAUUGUCUUAAAUAAUGUCUUCAUGCAUUUGACCAGCAGGGAACACUUACGGGUUCAUUUUUCAUUUUUUACAACAUUUUUUAAAUUUUCAAUCAUCAAAGUCAAAUAUCACUGCACCACAGUAAUGGCCCUUUGACAAUAGACUCAGUGUGUGUUGGAUUAAUACACUCAAGCAUGUUUCAUCUGCUUGCAGGCUGAUUUGAAUGUUUGAACCACUGGCUGUGUGGAGGGCAGAGACACUGACUGAUCACAAACACUAUGUGUUGCUUUGGAAGCAUUUGUCGUGAAUACAUGGUUCUUUUCAGACACUCUGGUCUGGACCUGCUGACUAGUUGUGCCAGCUGCUGUGUAGACCCCUCGCCGUAGACAGGACUGUCAGUAUGAACAGGUGUGAUAUGAGAUGGUGGUCUACUUACAGCCACAGUCUACAGCUCAGCCCAAGUUGCUCCGUUAAAAUGCUUCAAUCCUGCCUUAACAUCUAUGCAUGAAAAGAGUUGAGUAUUGUUGUAAAACUCUGACUUUACUUUUGUCUGAGCAGCAUCUCCACACAUCUGUUGCUUAGUGUCAGAAAUUUAUUUGAAGUGUUCCUGUCAUCAUAUGGAUACAUUUGUUCAGUACACAGAUUUUUUUUCUUGUAUUUAGUCGUCUGACAAAAUGUGCUGUUUUCUUCUGUCUGCAGUUCUUUCAGUCACUACAUGAUCAUUAGAUUAAUGCUACGGAAAGAGACAUUUACAGCAGAGACAGUCUUAGGGAUAUAUUUUGACAAUUCAGCCUGAAAAACAAUAGAAAGGGAAGAAUGAGUAUAAUAUAAGAAUGAUGAGGGAGUUCACUGUCCAGUUUAAUACAUGAAAACAUCCAUCAGAAAUUUGACUUGUUCUGUUGUCCACUGUCAGUGACUCACUAACAGAUUUGCUCAUAUAAAGUGAGUCAGAACCAAACAGAGACAUCAUUUUCUGCUGAAAAGUCUCAACAUUGUUUAGAACAACAAAAAUUGAAAUGAUUGUAUGCUUCACACAAGUUCCUAUAUUGUCUGAACACAUCUGAAGGCAAACAUGUUUCCACUCGUCCCAAUAGGGAAUGCCCAUUAGUAAAGGAAAAUGAAUCAUACAAAUAGAGAUAACAGUGUACACCUGUGGUUUCUCAUACCAGCUUCACGCUACAAAAUGUUCCUGCCUGAUAAAAUUCACUGUCAGCUCAGUCAAACAUUCUUGUCUGAACUAAAGAGACGCGACAGACUACGUGUUGGUUUACGACCAGUCAUAGCUCUGUCUUUUGUGAACCUGCAUGGUGUCAUCAGGAAAACAGUGUCAGGAAACAAGUAGCAGAAACAAGAAUGGUGAAACAUGACGUCCCAAGCAGUGUGAGUGAUACUGACUGAUUAAAGUCGCACAAGGCGAGAGAGGAGGAAAAAAUCUUUCAGGCUAGACUUUUGUCAGGAUGUUGUGAGGUGUUUAAGCUGCAGCAUUAGUUUUCGUCCACUGUAAUCUAAUACACAGCAUUUAAAGAAAGGCGCACACACUCACAUUGUACACAUGACAGGAGAGAGAUGGUUGAAUCCUGUCUACUUUAACAGACAGAUAGGUAACUAAGUGCAUGUCAUUGUCAUUUUGGAAAGAUAGAUUCAGUCAAAGGUCAUCUGAAUCAACUCACAAAUGUGGUUUCACUCUGCCUUUUCACUCUGAGACUAUUAGUCCCAGAAAUACUGGAUUUGAAGUGUACAGAGAGCUUGAAGCUACUGAUGUUAUUGGACAAAUAAAUAGAAAUGUGUCAAAAACCUAUUGCACAUCAGGUUUUCAAAACUACCUUUUAUAUUUUAACACUAGAGCUGGACGGACUGGCAGAUGUAUGUUAGUUAAAACAUUAGCCCUCCUUUUCAUGUAAAUAGACUAAGCCCAAGAUCAAAGUCAAGCAUAGAGUUUCAUCAAGUUUAAGUUGUUUCAGUCUCAUUCUCAAGCAUGAUACAACGUGGCUGUGACAUUCCAGUUGGAAGGAUUUUAAGAUGUGAAGUAAAGGCCACUGAACCUUGAAAAGUACAUGUUUCACCAGUGUUGAGUUUCACCAAAACAUGUCAUUGUAUUAGUCAGUCCAGGGCUCUGCUCACCACUCCUCAAAGCCUAGCUGUUCUUAAAGCUACACUCCCUGAUUUCAUCCUAAAACAUGUUCACAGACCCUAAUCACAGAAUCAGCUAGUGUACCUUUAACAAAACACAACCAGGAAAAAUCUGAAGGCAAGCUUUAUGUGAGCACCAUGUUAGCAGAUUGCCAUCGUUUCCAGGUUUUAGUUUUACUUGUGUGUGAAUGAAAAUAUUAAGGUUUAUGUAUUCAUAACCUCUUUAACAAGUGGUUGACUUGCACUAAUUUAAAAACAGUCAUGGGUUUGUAAAGAUGAAAAACCUCAAAAUGUGGCAUGUUUUAUUUGAUGUUAUGCAAAAUUUAAUGUCUGUAGAGUAUUAGUCUGAGUUUUGUUUUUACUGCAGUAUGUGUGACAAUUGUAAAUACUUUGUGUACAAUUUGAGAUGGUAUAUUUACUACACUGUACAUACAUGUGAUAUUGUAUCAUUUUGUUUUUGUAAAGCAGUUAGUUUCUGUAUAAUAAUAUACAAAUUGAACUAUUCCAGUGUUAGUAAUAAAAUGUUUUGCUCUCCA